CAAAUACGUAUGUUGGAUGACAGUUGCGCCGUCGUCGCCAGAAGUGGGAGGGGACCCUUAACACCACAGGCAACACCAGUUCGCCUCGCCUCUGCCGGCGCGUAUAAGCCGGGAUCCUUAUGCUGGAACGCAUAUUAGGUUCAGAGCUGCCUUGAUUUGGCUGCUUACGAAUGUUAAAGUUUAAACCGCCAGAUCGGCGAGGGGACGAUCCACGACCCGGCCCUUGCCAGAUAGACGGCCGCGGGGCCGCAGCCUUGGUUUUGUGAAGGUCGCAUCGCAUAAAGGCAAAAUGGUCGAUUGCACGCCCUCGCUAUUCACACACCCAGUCAGUGCCUACCCCUGGCGGCUGCCCUCAUAUAAACAUAUGGCCUUGAUAAUCCCUGCGGUAACCCUGAGAGCUUGUAGCCGAUCAUCAACUGAAUACAUGUUAUCGCAUGCCGAUUUCCCGUUAACCACGCCAAAUCCAACAACUACCAUGACCGGAGGCAUUCCCGAGAUGGAACUCCGCUGGCGGCAGACAAGCCCCGGAGUCUACCAAAGGCGCCAGGACGUCCGAGAGCGCAUGAUUCUGCUCCAGGAGGCCAAGACGCCGCCUGGAACCGAUAUGGUCAACGAAUGCAUCUGCAUCCACGCCAAGCUGUUGCUCGAUUCGCGCCACUUCCCGGACGCAGCCUUGGCGCUACGCCAGGCCUGGAUCGCUCUGCACCACGACCAUCCCUCCAUGGCCAUGACGGCCGUCGGCGAGAACAUGGUCUACCGAGCCGUCGACUGCCGCUCCGUCGAGGCCUGGGCCGACGAGACCUUCACCGUCCAUGACUCAGGUACCGCCCUUGACUGGUACACGAAGCUGCCGGGGACGCGACGGGUGCUGCUCGAAUACUUCUCCCACACCAACGAGGUCCUGCUGCGGGGCAGCCACGCCAUCCUGGAUGGUAUCGGCGCCUCCACUCUGGUGGGCAACUUCUGCCGACGGCUUAACCAUCCGCCCGAGGGCGAGCUGCAGUGGGGAAACCAUGUCAAGAACCUGUCGCCGCCGUUGGAGCUUGCCGUCAACCUUCCGGACCCCACAGACGCCUCGAUCAAGCAAGCACGGAGCAAGCUCGAAGCAUGGGAGGCCAAGGCCACUCGCACUACCCCGCUUGUCCUGUUCCCAGACAGGUCCUUGCCGGCCCUGUCGCCAGCCGUGAUGAUACGCCGCUUCAGCGUCGGGGAGACGGCGCAGAUGGCCCGAGCGGCAAAGCAGCAUGGCGUCUCGAUGCGCGACCUCACGCAUGCCGCCAUCGUCUGUGCCAUCAAGCUGCACUCGGCAAGUGCUCACGGCACCUGGCUGGGCGGCCUCGCUCUCAACGUGCGUCCCCUGUGCCGCCCGCCCUUCGGCUCGCCCGCGCACGCCGCUACAGCCUACUUUGUCUCAAUGUUGGCCUGCGUCGAGGACCCCCAAGACGUUUGGGACGCAGCAUUUCAGCUACGGGCACAGAACCAGGCGCUUUUGCGCGAGUCGGAUCUCGGAUUUGUCAAGCCCAUGGCCGCGCUCCUUAGCCCACAGAGGGAUCCAGAGCGGAACGCGGCGAGAGGGGGUGGCGAGGGAGCGGCUGCCGCUGGCCCUGGUGGUGCGGCGGGCGGGCCAGUCAUGUACGGUGGAGUGGGUGUAUUAGACUCCGUCCUUGCGGCAACGGCCGGCUUCGAGGAUAGCAGUGUGAGAGUCGAGGACGUUUGGUUCGCGCUGCACAAAUGCUCUGCGGCAAUGAUAGUCUCCUGCCACGCACUCCGGGGCCGCAUGACCUACUCCCUUUCCUACAAUGCAGCCUUUUACUCCCAGGCUCGCAUGGCGGCAUUCCUCGACGUCGCCGCAUCUUUGCUGCCGACAUCGCGCUUCGGCAUUUGACCAAAAAAAAAAAAAACAG